AAUUACAAUAACGACAACUGAACUUAGGGAACAAUGGGCGCGAUCCAUCUAAAAUGUUUGGAACGAUGGUUAGAAGAGAGCAAUAGGAAUAACUGUGAAUUGUGCGGUCACGAGUUUCGGAUGGAACGAACACCUCGUUACAAGGUUCUUCGGUCCGUUGGAGUUUGGUUGUGCCUGAAUCAAAAUGAGCAUCAGAUAUACGUUCGAAAUGUGAAGGCUGAUCUACUGAGAUGUAUUAUAGUCACACCUGUGACCAUCGCGUGUUCCUACAUCUGCGUAGUGGCUGCCGAUUUUUAUGCUAGAAAUAAUUACGACAAUUUUCCACCGGCACGAUGGACCACCUAUUCCCUGCUGUCAAUGAUGGCGCUACUAAUUCUGUCAUUCUUCGUCUGGAUUUACAUGGCGCUACAAUAUCACCAAAAAGCAUGGUUUUACUGGUGGCAGAAGACCAGUAGCGUAAAAAUUGUCAAUUUAAUGCCAGAAAAUACCACUUUAACUAGAAAUGAUAAGCGAGAUGUAUCACAAGUCUGACAAUAGAUUCCGAGGAUAAUAGAGGAGUUGA